AUGGCGGAGCGGGGUCAUCGCGGCCAUUCCCCGGCCUCCGUGGUGGUGCUGACGAGCGACAGCGACGAUGACGUCAGGGAGGGGCCCCCGCUUGGCCGGCCGGAAGUGCUGGUCCUGGAGGAGGAUGGGCAGCCUUUGACCCCAAAUUUGACCCUAAAUUUGACCCCAAAGUUGACCCCAGCCGGGCCUGACAGCGACAGCGAGGCCGAGGGGAAGGAGGCCCAUUGGCCCCCCAGGAGGCCCAAGCGGAGGAGGCUACUGCUUGGACGCCGAGAGGCCCCCUCCAUCCCCGUCUACUCGGGGAAGGUGAACAGCAGCCUCCGACUCUUCAUCGAAGAUCCGAAGCCGCCCCAGUCCCCCGAGCCCCCAGAUCCGGACCCCAGGAGUCCCCACCGUGAGACCCCUCUCACCCCAGACUCUGACAGCCAGGAGAAGCAGCUACAGCGGGAUGACGACAGCGAGAAGGAGGUGUUUGUCGUUCGGGACGCUUCCCCUUCUCCACCGCCCCAGCCCCGGCGAAGGAAGCAGGCGAGAGCUCAACAGAAGAUCCGGGAAGUGGACCGCCGCCUGCAGGAUCUCCGUUCCUGCCUGAGCCCCUCGCCCCGCCACGGUCGCCGCCCGCCACCGGACCUCGACGAGGACGUGAUCCUGGUGGAGGGAUCCCUCUCCCGGGAGCCGGCCCCGACUUCCCGGCCGAUCCUCCUCAAAGUGCGCUGCCGGGCCGACCUGUUCAGGGUCCCCGUCCUUAUGUCUGACCCCCUGCAAGGAGUGGUGGACCACCUGGCUUCGCAACUGGGGGUCUCCUCAGCCCGGAUCCUGCUGCUUCUCCGGGAGGCCGAGCUGCCCUCCAGUGCCACCCCCGAGACCCUGAGGCUCAGCGUGGCUGACAUAAUUGAUUGUGUGGUGCUGCCGAAGAGCCCUGAGCCAGCCGAAGAGUCAGACGUGGAUGGGAAACUGAGGCUUCGGGUUCAGGGAAAAGAGAAGCAUCAGCUGUUGGAGGUCACCGUGUCUCGAGCCGCUCCCCUUGGGACACUGAUGUCCCACUACGCCGAAGCCAUGGGCCUAACGGGGCGGGAGCUCUCCUUCUUCUUUGAUGGUGAAAAGCUGACACGUCAGAGGACCCCGGCAGAGCUGGGCAUGGAGCAAGGGGAUCUGAUAGAGGUUUGGGGGUGAUGCCGGUACCCCUAAACGGGCAGCCCCUUCUACUCCCCUCGAGUUGCUGGGGGCCGGUAUUGGACCCCUCCAGCUUUCUCCUCAGCCCUCUGAAAGAACCCUCUUGGGGAGUUGGACAUUUAGGUGAGGUGUCACAUGGCUCUGACACCAUCUCCCUCACGUCCUUGAGGCCAAUACGGCUCUCCCCCCACCCCAGCCGGUAGCAAUUUCUCAUCAGAGGUCAUCGGAGGUCGGUCUCAGGUGCUGCCUCUUUCCAAAAGAGAUCUAUUUAUAUGUAAGCCCUCACCCUAGUUCUUCCCCACUGUCCUUUGCCUUCCUGUAAAUACGUUAAUAUCCUGCGUCCCGAUUUGCACUGAAGUUCUAGGUUUUGGGGAGGAAGCAAAGGAGGAGUAGGACGCAUGACCUGUCUCGGUUGUUGCAUAAAAUGCGAAUUGUUUUUGUAACAAGGAAGAUAAUAAACUCGUCAUAA